UCAUUUUUGUAGCCUGUAUCGUUCAUAGUGUCCCAAGCGUCCUAUUUCUUGUUUUUAAUGGACUGAAUGCUAACCAAUCCUUGUUUGGAAUUAGGACAUACAGUGAAUUCGGGGACAAGCUCACUCUGCAUCACGUUGCAGUUGGAGUCUGCUGUCCAAUCUAUCUGGCUUACCCUCAGAUCCUCCCUCUUCCCCUCCUGGUUCCUUCCCGAACGUCUUGCUCUCCUUAAACCCUCUUUACUUGGAGUGAAUCACCAUGGCAACAGCAAAGCCCAAAGGGCAGAACUCUCUGGCCCUCCACAAAGUGAUCAUGGUGGGCAGUGGUGGAGUGGGGAAGUCAGCCCUCACUCUGCAGUUCAUGUAUGACGAGUUUGUUGAGGACUAUGAACCAACCAAAGCGGACAGCUAUAGGAAAAAGGUAGUUCUGGAUGGGGAGGAGGUCCAGAUAGACAUCCUGGACACUGCGGGACAAGAGGACUAUGCUGCCAUCCGGGACAACUACUUCCGCAGUGGGGAGGGCUUCCUCUGUGUCUUCUCCAUCACUGAGGCAGAGUCGUUUGCAGCUACAGCAGACUUCAGGGAGCAGAUCUUGCGGGUGAAGGAGGAUGAGAGUGCGCCCUUCCUCCUGGUGGGGAACAAGUCUGACUUGGAGGACCGGCGGCAGGUCAGCGCGGAAGAGGCCAAGGCGCGUGCUGAACAGUGGGGCGUGUGCUACGUGGAGACCUCUGCCAAAACCCGUGCCAAUGUCGACAAGGUUUUCUUUGACCUGAUGAGAGAGAUCCGAGCGAGAAAGAUGGAGGACAGUAAAGAGAAAAACGGCAAGAAGAAAAGCAAAAGUUUGGCCAAGAGGAUUAGAGAGAGAUGCUGCAUUUUAUAGUGACAAGGGGGUCAGUGAUGACUGCGUUGUGUAUAUAAAUAUUUCACCUAUUUUUGCAUUUUAUUUGUGCCCAUAGAAGCCCCUUAAUCCUGGUUCUGGUACCCAGGGAUUCUAGUCUUGGAUCAGAAGUAACUGGUUGGUUGAACAAAAGGUGAGUGGCACUGACUGUGGCAAGUGGUUCAUGGACAGACUUGGCAGUCUCAUAAUCCUUGUUGCUCAUUCGAUCCUCUAUGCUCUGACACUCCUCAAACCUGCAGCCUCUUUAGUUCUUCUGGACCACAUGUUAGAGAUGGAGUUAAUGUGGUAAAAACAUUGGGCUUGGCUCUUUGUAGGCUGAUUUUAAAUAUGAUUUAUUUUAUUUUUUUACGUAAAUAUAACAAAUUCUUAUGGCUGCAAUCCCGGUAACGGGAUGAUACGACAACAGCCAGUGAAAGUGCAGGGCGCCAAAUUCAAAACAACAGAAAUCUCAUAAUUAAACUUCCUCAGACAUACAUGUGUCUUAUACCAUUUUAAAAGGUAAUCUUGUUGUUAAUCCCACCAAGUGUCCGAUUUCAAAUAUGCUUUUCAGCGAAGCACCACAAACGAUUAUGUUAGGUCACCACCAAGCCACAGAAUAAGCACAGCCAUUUUUCGAGCCAAAGAUAGCAGUCAGAAAAAGCAGAAAUAGAGAAAAUUAAUCACUAACCUUUGAUCUUCAUCAGAUGACACUCAUAGGACUUCAUGUUACACAAUACAUGUAUGUUUUGUUAAAGUUCAUAUUUAUAUAAAAAAAAUCUUGAGUUUACAUUGGUGUGUUACGUUCACUAAUUCCAAAAAUAUCCAGUGAUAGUGCAUAGCCACAUCUAUUCAACAAAUACUCAUCAUAAAUGUAGAUGAUAAUACAAGUUAUACACAUGGAAUUAUAGAUAUACCUCUCCUUAAUGCAACCGCUGUAUCAGAUUUCAAAAAAACUUUACGGAAAAAGCAAACCAAACCAAUCUGAGAUGGCGCUCAGAACUAUAGUCAAAUUAGCCGCCAUGUUGGAGUCAACAGAAACCAGAAAUUACAUGAUAAAUAUUCCCUUUGAUCUUCAUCAGAAUGCACUCCCAGGAAUCCCAGGUCCACAAUAAAUGCUUGAUUUGUUCGAUAAUGUCUGUUAUUUAUGUCCAAUUAGCUACUUUGGUUAGCGUGUUUGGUAAACAAUUCCAAAGUCACAAAGUGUGUUCACUAAAACGUGACAAUGUCCAAAAGUUCCGUAACAGUCAGUAGAAACAUGUCAAACGAUGUAUUGAAUCAAUCUUUAGAAUGUUGUUAACAUACAUCUUGAAUAACGUUCCAACCGGAGAAUUAGAUUGACUUCAGAUGAGCGGUGUAACGGAGGUCCUCAUGUGAAUGCGCAUGGUCACCUCAUGGCAGUGGUGACUAAUUCUCCUCUCAUCCGGCCCCCCUUCACAGUAGAGUCAUCAGACAAAGUUCUACAGACUGUAGACAUCUAGUGGAAGCCGUAGGAAGUGAAAACUCAUCCAGAUCUCGCUGGGAUUUCAAUGGGAGCUUGGUUGAAAAUCCACCAGCCUCAGAAUUUCCACUUCCUGUUUGGAUUCUCUCAGGUUUAUGCCUGUCAUAUGAGUUCUGUUAUACUCAGACAUAUUCAAACAGUUUUAGAAACUUCAGAGUGUUUUCUACCAAUACUAAUAAUACUAUGCAUAUAUUAGCAACUAUGACUGAGGAGCAAGCCGUUUACUCUGGGCACCUCUGUGCACCUUUCAUCCAAGCUACUCAAUACUGCCCCUGCAGCCAUAAGAAGUUAAAUGUAAGCAUACCCAACAAGACCAUGGUCAUGUUAUGACUGAGAUCUUGAACAGCCCCAAACCCAGAACAUUUUCCUAUUUCUGAGGGACCAUUUCCAACUGAAAUUAUUUGACACCAAUUAACCUGAUUUAAUGACAAGAAAAAAGCCUGCAUGCCUCCAGGGUUGGGUUUCCCAAAAGCAUCUUAAGGCUAAGUUCGUUAGAAAUUUCGUAGGAGCAUCGUUAAAUCUCAGCGCUUUUUCACAAAACCAUCAUUACUAACUUUCCAUUUGAAAACACUUGUAUCUAACAACUGCUUCAGACCACUUGUAGAACAGCUAAAGUGUCAGAAUAUCUUUUGCCCUCCCGCAUAAAUUUACACACCAUCUCAGAAACACAAAGUGUUUGUCUCUGACUGCCGUUAACUUCAUAGUUGAAUACAAAUAGUCCACAAAGUUUGCAAUGCUACAAACAAGAGAAGCAAUGACAAAACAGGUUUCAAAUGAAAACCGAGAUGACUAUAUUGUAAGAUGGAUAUUAGACCACAUUUCAGUCAUAUUGAAAUUACUUUGUUUUAAUCAAUUGAGUUAUAUUUUUCUAAUUGUGCCAUCUGGUUUAGUCUAUUAUUAUAGGCUAAGCUGAUCAUACUUUCUGUAGAAGCAUGUCCUUCAUCACUAUUGUAUAUUCUUUCUAGGCCCAGGACUAGUUAGGCACUGAAUUAUUUAAAAAAGAAACCACAAAUCUAGAUGUACUAUUGAUGCAUACACUCUUAAGUUUUCAAAACUUCAAAAUCGUAUACAUAAGCCCACUAACAAGCUUUGUUCUCCUCUGUUGUGAGGGGAAUCACAGUUUCAUUAUUUACACUCCCUUUCAUUCAUUCUUGGAGAGAAGACCAAUUUUUUGGGUUCUCGUUCAUUAUGGUAGAAGGGUGUGAAACUUGACAGUUUACCUGAACUUGUUUGGUAAUUUACCUGUCCUUUACUUCAUUUACUUUUUCCAUUGGAAAAGUUGGGUCCUGUAAUUAAGGAGCAUUACCAGAAAUCACCAUAUUCUCUGUUACGUUUUCUCUUGGUUUCUAUAUCACCAAGUCCUUUCCAUUACCGCUGCCUCAGACCCACUUGUUACAGGCUGGGUCAACUGGAUUAUAUCUAAACAUGUCAUAGAUCUUUGGUCUUAAAGGGCUACUGCACUUCCUAAUUUUGCCUUGUUUUAGACUUGGUUCAUUAAGAAAUGCUAGUUUCCAUGACUGAAUUCAAACGGGAGUUGGUUUCAUGGUAUGGUUUGAUGUAGGUGUCUCUUGUGUGUUCGCAGAUGGGAAGAGUUAGCCAAUUAGCUUCAGCCGGCUGGUGUGCUACCUUGGCAAAGUUGGUUUGACUUUGGAUAGCCUAUCUCUGGGAAUAGUAGGGACCGUCUAUAAGUUACACAAUGUACAUCAUUUUAGUUGUCUCAUUUAAAUGCUUUCAAUAUUUGUAUAUGAAUUUCUACAAUUUAUUGUUGGUUUGAAGUUUUUAAAUCAUUGAAAUUUAGAGAUAUUGUCCCAUGUACACAUCCUGUAUCGCAUACGGCUGUGAUUAGGAGUCCCAUAGGGCGGCGCACAAUUGGCCCAGCGUUGUCCGGGGUAGGCCGUCAUUGUAAAUAAGAAUUUGUUCUUAACUGACUUGCCUAGUUAAAUAAAUGAAAUGUCCCUGACUAGCCCCAUAGGCAUUAUGAUCAAGUAGUGUGGAGCUGUGCUCCAAAUUGAUGAUUACUUGGGUGCUGGCUUGUGGGCAGUAUUAAAAUAAACCCAACACACGGAAAACUUAUGUUAAUCUUCAUUCCGUGACAUAAUUUGUAUUUAUCGUCUCGCAAAUAUCAGUUUGACAUACACUUAGUAGUAGAUUUUGACACUAAAUGUUUGACUCGAUGCUACUGAGGCCAUAUUUUUUCACCCCCCUUCUCCCCAAUUCAGUCAUAUUCAAUUGCGAUCUUGUCUCAUCGCUGCAACAGGCUCGGGGAAAGGCGAAGGUCGAGUCAUGCGCCCUCCAAAACAUGGCACGCCAAACCGCGCUCCUUAACACCCGCCCGCUUAACAAGGAAGCCAGCCGCACCAAUGUGUCGGAGGAAACACUGUUCAACUGAUGACCGAAGUCAGCCUGCAGGCGCCUUGUCUGCCACAAGAAGUUGCUAGAACGCAAUGAGCCAAGUAAAGCCUCCCCUAACCCAGACAACGCUGGGCCAAUAGUGCGCAGCCAUAUGGGUCUCCCAGAAGAUGUUGCUUUUUAGGGUCAGUCGCUCUUUAAGGUCCUCCGUGAACUUUUUUCUUAAAUACUGCUCGUUUUUUGGCAAAGUAGUUGUGUUCAAUAGGCAGGGAAACAAAACAUUUUGAAACCUGAAUAUUUAGUUUGUGUAGUACCGCCAAAGGUUUUCUCUGAACAUUACCCUGAUUCAUGUCACAACAGGCUGGUGACUUGUGGCUAUGCACCAAAGAUGACCAUCUCUGCCACCAUAGUUAGAGUACACCGUCUGCAACUACAUUUUCCAUAAAGACCGUUUACUCUGCAAGGCUUAUCAUGCAACUAUUGAGUGACUUUAAUGCAACCUAGGUUUUUUUAUUUUUUUAUUUCACCUUUAUUUAACCAGGUAGGCUAGUUGAGAACAAGUUCUCAUUUACAACUGCGACCUGGCCAAGAUAAAGCAAAGUAGUGCGACACAGUUACACAUGGAAUAACUAACACAAGAGAGAAAAAAAAGUAUAUAUACAGUGUGUGCAAAUGAGUUAAGAUAAGGGAGGUAAGGCAAUAAAUAGGCCAUAGUGGUGAAAUAAUUACAAUUUAGCAAUUAAACACUGGAGUGAUAGAUGUGCAGUAGAUGAAUGUGCAAGUAGAGAUACUGGGGUGCAAAGGAGCAAAAUAAAUAAAUAACAGUAUGGGGAUGAGGUAGUUGGAUGGGCUAUGUACAGGUGCAGUGAUCUGUGAGCUGCUCUGACAGCUGGUGCUUAAAGUUAGUGAGGGAGAUAUUGAUCUCCAGCUUCAGUGAUUUUUGAAAUUCGUUCCAGUCAUUGGCAGCAGAGAACUGUAAGGAAAUGCGGCCAAAGGCAGUGUUGGCUUUGGGGGUGACCAGUGAAAUAUACCUGCUGGAGCGCGUGCUGCUAUGGUGACCAGUGAUGGCAGGGGCUUUACCUAGCAAAGACUUACAGAUGACCUGGAGCCAGUGGGUUUGGCGACGAGUUUGAAGCGAGGGUCAGCCAACGAGAGAGUACAGGCCGCAGUGAUGGGUGGUAUAUGGGGCUUUGGUGACAAAACGGAUGGCACUAUGAUAGACUGCAUCCAAUUUGCUGAGUAGUGUUGGAGGCUAUUUUGUAAAUGACAUCACCGAAGUCAAGGAUCGGUAUGUUUGGCAGCUUCAGUGAAGGAUGCUUAGUUGCUUUGCUGCGAAAUAGGAAGCCAAUUUUAUUUUGAAGAUGCUUAAUGUGAGUCUGGAAGGAGAGCUUACAGUCUAACCAGACACCUAGGUAUUUGUAGUUGUCCACAUAUUCUAAGUCAGAACGGGCAGGUGCGGGCAGCGAUCGGUUGAGGAGCAUGCAUUUAAUUUGACCUGCAUUUAAGAGCAGUAGGAGGCCAUGGAAGGAGAGUUGUAUGGCAUUGGAGGUUAAUUAAGUGUCCAAAGAAGGGCCAGAUGUAUACAGGAUGGUGUAGUCUGCGAUCAGAGCGCCACCAGCAGCAAGAGCAACAUCAUUGAUGUAUACAGAGAAAAGAGACGGCCCGAGAAUUCAACCCUGUGGCAGCCCCAUAGACUGCCUGAGGUCUGGACAACAGGCCCUCUGAUUUGACACACUGAACUCUAUCUGAGAAGUAGUUGGUGAACCAGGCGAGGCAGUCAUUUGAGAAACCAAGGCUGUUGAGUCUGCCGAUAGGAAUGUGGUGAUUGACAGUCGAAAGCCUUGGCCAGGUCGAUGAAUACAGCUGCACAGUAUUGUCUCUUAUCGAUGGCGGUUAUGAUAUCAUUUAGGACCUUGAGCGUGCUGAGGUGCACCCAUGGCCAGCUCGGAAACCAGAUUGCAUAUCGAAGAAGGUACGGUGGGAUUCGAAAUGGUCGAUGAUCUGUUUUAUUAACUUGGCUAUCCAAGACCUUAGAAAGGCAGGGUAGGAUAUUUAUAGGUCUGUAGCAGUUUGUGUCUAUAGUGUCUCCCCCUUUGAAGAGGGGCAGCUUUCCAAUCUUUGGGGGUCUCAGACGAUACGAAAGAGGUUGAACAGGCUAGUAAUAGGGGUUGCAACAAUUUCGGUUGACUAUUUUAGAAAGCGAGGUUCCAGAUUGUCUAGCCCUGCUAAUUUGUAGGGGUCCAAAUUUUGCAGCUCUCUCAGAACAUAAGCUUUCUGGAUUUGGGUAAAGGAGAAAUGGGGGAGGCUUGGGCAAGUUUACCGUGGGGGGUGCAGGGCUUUCUAUUCCCCUCUGAUGCUCACACGCCACGUUAGAAAGGAACGUCACAAAAAAACAUUAUUUUGCCCCCUUAGGAAUAUAGUUCAAUAACCCUGUCGAGCCUUUCCACUCCCUAUUUAAUCUUGCUCUUGUGACUGACUGGGUUCGAACCAGGUCUCCUGCAUGUCAGAAGACUGUUAGCCCACUUACCUAAAGCCCAUUGGGAGGAAUUCAGGAAGCUAACACAAGUCUUCAAGUCUCCAGGAAGGUUACUCAUCAAAAGAGUAUGGUCAUCAAACCACCUCGGUUGCAUUUUAUCCCCUUUAGACCUCGUACUCGGAGAUUAUGGCACCAAUAUAACUGUCUGGGUUUUAAUUCAGGCGUACUGCAUGACACUCUGUGGCAAACCGAAACAGAACGAUCUGGCCUAUCAGAGCCCUUCUAAGGAUAGCCUUUCCACUCCAUAGCCCUAAGGACAGCCUUUCCAAUCCUAUGACAUUGCUAUUAAAUUAUAUUCUUAUGGUGGCCAAAUUGUGGUUUUUGUGACAUUCCCUUCUAACGUGCCUUGUGAUCAUCAUAAAGGGGAGUAAUAAUACCUUAUAGCCAAAGCGGUUCAAAUGUUAGAGCCAAACUCGUGCGAAGAAAAUGUAUUCAACAUGCCACAUUGGCUUCAGUAACCGCCAGAAGUUACUGUUUACCACAGCGAGCAUUUGAUUCGAUCUCUUCUCUACCUUCCCAGGUUGGCAAGGUGAUGUUGUGAGGUACUGUACAUAAUGACGAGAUGGUCUUGUCUGCGCCGUUAACAAUGGUAGCCGUUGUUCCAAAAGCGGGAAGGCAGGCAGACUGCUUAUCACUGUAUUGUUAUUGACGAGAAAUUCACACUGUCAUUAACAUUGAUGCCUUGAUGUCCAUUGUGAUUGUGAACAAGUCGACCAGAGUUUCCAAAACUCGUUCUGCGGUACCCCAAGGGGUGCACGUUUUGGUUUUUGCACUAGCACUACACAGCUGAUUCAAAUAAUCAGCUGUGUAGUGCUAGGGCAAAAGCCAAAAUGUGUACCCCUUUGGGUCCCAAGGACAGAGUUUGGUAAAACCCUGAAGUUGACUAUCCCCACACCUAGAUUAACAGUUAUAUGCAAUGUUUGGAGUAUCUCUUUUUUUUUUUUUUUUUUUUGAGCCUCAAAUGAUGUUUUCCUUUUGACUGAAUUCCGUGUUAUUGGAAUUUCAUCAGACAUUACAUUUGACUACUUCAACUCUUUAACUCACCAUGUCGAGACUUGACAGUUCAUUCAGCUUUUGUAUUUUGAUCAUGGAGUUCUGAUCAUGCAAUUUAAGAACGCGUCAUGUGUCUAAAACUAAAUUUUAAAUGUGUCCACAUUGUGUCCGGUUUCCCUUUUCCCAUGCUAUAUUCAAAUGCCAGUAUGCAUUCUGCAAACGGCGGAACAAGAUAAAUCUGACACAACUUGAUGGCUGUAGCCUACUAGCCAGCUAACCUCUGUAACUAGCCAGCAAGCUACAGGACACACCUACUCAUUCCAGGGUUUUACUUUAUUUUUUACUAUUUUCUACAUUGUAGAAUAAUAGUGAAAAUAUCAAAACUAUAAAAUACCACAUAGGAAUCAUGUACUAACCAAAAAAGUGUUAAACAAAUCAAAAUAUUUGAGAUUCCUCAAAGUAGCCACCCUUUGCAUUGAUGACAGCUUUGCACACUCUUGGCAUUCUCUCAACCACCUUAAUGAGAUAGUCACCUGGAAUGCAUUUCAAUUAACAGGUGUGCCUUGUUAAAAGUUCAUUUGUGGAAUUUCAUUGCUUAAAGUGUUAGAGGCAAUCAGUUGUGUUGUGACAUGGUGGGAGUGGUAUACAGAAGUCCAUAUUAUGGCAAAAACAUCUCAAAUAAGCAAAGGGAAACAACGGUCUAUCAUUACUUUAAGACAUGAAGGUCAGUCAAUCUGGUAAAUUUCAAGAACUUUGAAAGUUUCUUCAAGUGCAGUUGCAAAAACCAUCACGCGCUAUGAAGAAACAUCAACUGUUCAGAGAAGACUGUAUGAAUCGGGCCUUCAUGGUCGAAUUGCUGCAAAGAAACCACUACUUAAGGACACCAAUAAGAAGAGACUUGCUUGGGCCAAGAAACACGAGCAAUGAACAUUAGACAGGUAGAAAUCUUUCCUUUGGUCUGAUGAGCCCAAAUUUGUGGUUUUUGGUUCCAACCGCCAUGUCUUUGUGACGCAGAGUAGGUGAGCGGAUGAUCUCUGCAUGUGUUGUUCCCACCGUGAAGCAUGGAGGAGGUGAUGUGGGGGUGCUUUGCUGGUGACACUGUCAGUGAUUUAUUUAGAAUUAAAGGUACACUUAACCAGCAUAGCUACCACAGUAUUCUGCAGAGAUACGCCAUCCCAUCUGGUUUGCACUUAGUCCCACUGUCAUUUGUUUUUCAACAGGACAAUGACCCUACACACCUCCAGGCUGGAGAGUGAUGGAGUGCUGACCUGGCCUCCAUAAUCACCCGGCCUCAACCCAAUUGAGAUGGUUUGGGAUGAGUUGGACCACAGAGUGAAGGAAAAGCAGCCAAUAAGUGCUCCGCAUAUGUGGGAACUCCUUCAAGACCGUUGAAAAAGCAUUCCAGGUGAAGCUGGUUUAGAGAAUGCCAAGAGUGUGCAAAGCUGUCAAGGCAAAGAGUGGCUACUUUGAAGAAUCUCAAAUAUAAAAUACAUUUAGAUUUAGCACUUUUUUGUAUACUACAUGAUUCCACAUGUUAUUUCAUAGUUUUGAUGUCUUCACUAUUAUUAUACAAUGUAGAAAAUAGUAAAAAUAAAGAAAAACCAUUGAAUGAGUAGGUGUGUCCAAACGUUUGACUGGCACUGUAGUUAGCAACGCUAAAGGGAUUUCUUACAGAUUAGCUUAACUAGCCAAACAACCUUGUUUUUCUAAUAAAUGCUAGCCAACUAGCUAACUGAAGUCAGCAAACAUCUUUCUUACACGCUAGGAACGUAUUUCCUUCAACAUUUAAUGAAAAAAAAGGUGCUUCUCUCUCCCAAAACAAGUUUUCUGGAAACUUGUGGGCGGAGUGCUGAUGUGGCCCACUGCAUGCACCUUCGGUAGCCUGAUUGGGUCCAGAAUGAGAAGAAAUCCACACAUGCGUCUCUGACCACCUCUUGAAGUGGUCAGACAGAUCCGACCACAAUGCGACUUUUGCAUCUAUACCGGUCUUUUUCAAUGUGAUGUUCAUAUUCUGAUAGGCGAAGUCGCAUGUAAGUGUCAAGUGUAGACCGCCUUAGACAGCCAGUCAUGUUCUGAUUUGGCAAAAGAGCUUAAUCUGAUUGGUAAAAUUAGUGGGAAAAGAUCAGAAUUGGGCUGCCUGUGUAAACACAGCCUUAAAGUAAUUGUCCGGUGGAUCUAUUUUAAAAGUUUAAAAUUCUGAUAACUCAUACCCGUAUAAUGUCGUGACUCAUUCUAUAUUCUAUACUUUUUGGCCAAAGCAUGAAUUGGAGAAAAAACACUUCAAAACCACCACAAAUGUGUUUCUGACAGUUAAAAAGCUUUUUUUAUUUUUAUUUAUUUUUAUUUUUUAUUUCCGCAUAAAGGAUGAGGAGCUGGCCAAUCAGCUGUCUACUCUCAUCAAUAUUUUUUGUUGGUAUGCACUCACACCAUUCCAACUCAAAGCUGUUUAACAUAUAUAUUUUGUAUUUAUUUAAAAAAUGUUUUUGGGGAAACUCACCCCAUGAUAGUUUGACCUUUUCAGUCUUAUAACUUGAUGUUAAAACCCCCUAGAGUCUAUUGAUGCACCGGUGUGUUAUCUAAAUAACAUAAUUUUAAAAAAUCCCAUCAAAAUCUGUCAGUUUGAGCUAGAGAGAUCUAGCAUGGGCUACGUCUCAAUCCACUUCAUCCGCCUAUGUCGCCCUUCAGCAUCUGCAGUGGAAAGUGGCGGAGCUACAGAGCUGUUUGUCAAACCAGGAGACAUCCAGAAAAUCGUAGACUCACUAACACAACGGGGUUCUCCGUGUUUUGCUUUGACGUCCACAAGUGUCGCUGGACCAGUCCUAAAGGUAACCCAUACAAAUGAAUGGAGGUAGUUUUGUGCCAACAAAAAUAAGGGGUUAAAUGUGUUUGUUCAAAAAAAAAAUAUAUACACUGCUCAAAAAAAUAAAGGGAACACUUAAACGACACAAUAUAACUCCAAGUCAAUCACACUUCUGUGAAAUCAAACUGUCCACUUAGGAAGCAACACUGAUUUGCUGUUUCUGACCGUUUGAGCAGACACAUGCACAUUUGUGCAAUCCAGGUCAUUUUGCAGGGCGCUGGCAGUGCACCUCCUUGCACAAAGGCGGAGGUAGCGGUCCUGCUGCUGGGUUGUUGCCCUCCUACGGCCUCCUCCACAUCUCCUGAUGUACUGGCCUGUCUCCUGGUAGCGCCUGCAUGCUCUGGACACUACGCUGACAGACACAGCAAACCUUUUUGCCACAGUUCGCAUUGAUGUGCCAUCCUGGAUGAACUGCACUACCUGAGCCACUUGUGUGGGUUGUAGACUCCGUCUCAUGCUACCACUAGAGUGAGAGCACCGCCAGCAUUCAAAAGUGACCAAAACAUCAGCCAGGAAGCAUAGGAACUGAGAAGUGGUCUGUGGUCACCACCUGCAGAAUCACUCCUGUUUUGGGGGGUGUCUUGCUAAUUGCCUAUAAUUUCCACCUUUUGUCUAUUCCAUUUGCACAACAGCAUGUGACAUUUAUUGUCAGUGUUGCUUCCUAAGUGGACAGUUUGAUUUCACAGAAGUGUAAUUGACUUGGAGUUACAUUGUGUUGUUUAAGUGUAACCUUUAUUUUUUUGAGCAGUGUAUAUUCCUGAGCUUUCUUAUCUCCUUGAUAUAGGACAGACACUUAAAAACCUUAUUCCUUAUGAUUUAUUUUUGUGCUGUCUUGCUGUUUAGGAAUGUGUAAUUCAUUGCGUUUAUGGGCUAUGGUAGUAAAGUGUAAUAUUUUGUCAUGCUUUAUUUAUUAUUUGGGGAUACCUAAAAGGCUCCUAAAAUUCCAAAUCAAAUAGCUAAAUGAUCCAUGGUAUGACCUUAAAACAAAUCCAUGUCAUCUUAGAACCCCCCACCCCCACCUUGCUCUUGUAGCAUUCUGUAGCAUACCAUUAUCUACUUCCAUGGUGCUACCUUGCUUUUUGACUGACCUAUAUCAAGUUCGGUGUGUGUGUACGCACGUGCGUGGGUCCAAACCCCUACUUGGCAACUCUGUUGUCUCAAAUGACAAAUGUUUUUAUUAAGUUAUUUUCCUAUUGCUCGGCUUAAUCACAAUGGACUGGGCCAGGUCUUAUUGAGCAAGGCCAGGUCUGGUUCGUGAGACUAUGUAGGACUUUGUAUUACAUUUUGUUGCAGUAAUGUGAAUGCAGGUGUAUUUUCUCUACAGGAAACUGUUUCUUUUAAUGUGAGUAUUUGUUUGUUUUUUACUGUACACAUGUAUUGCCUUAUGUUUUAAUAUCCUUUUACUUUCAAUUUGUAAUAUUUAUCUUUGAUUUGCUUUAUCAAACUGAAGAUCAAUUUCAAUAUCGAUGUUGGUUAUACCUGUAUUGUGUAGUUAUGUUGACUGUUUAUUCACAUCCUUAACAAAAACACUAAUGUAUCCUACUGUUACUGGGUACAAUAAUUGAAAUGCUGUGUACCUUUCAGUUCUUGUUUUGUGAGCUAUUGGAUAGACAAAUAAAGUGAUUAUAAUUUUUUACAAACAAA